GUUCUUUCAAUAUAUCAGCUAUAAGGAGAAUUACAUCAUACUUAUAUCAGUUAAAUAGACUUAACAAAGUUGAAGAAAAAUACAAAGAAUUUAUAACAACUAAAUCUACAAAAACAACUGAAUCUAUUCAAAAUUAUUUGCAAGAAACAGUGGAUAAUUUAGACUCUGAAAGUAAGAAUGAUGAAAGUGAUAAUGAUGAUAUAGAAGAUGAAGAAAGUAUGUGUAAAAUUAUUAAUAAAUGGAUAAAAAUGCUAAAUAAUGAAGAAACAGAAGACUGUAAACUCAACGAUAUUGAAGAAAUAAAAAAUAAUCACUCUCUAGAUGAUUUACUUGCUCAAAUUCAUCUAUGCCAGGAUCUAAAUGUGAAAUGGUUAUUAGAAAGGUUGUUUGAUUCUGGGCUCGAAUCUUCAUUUA